AUGAAUUCUUAAAAUCCUUACUAACAUCUGCUCGAUCCAAAUAUCCCAAUCCCAACCAACGAACAAAUCUAAUAAGUGAAUUCUCAAUAAUAAUACCAUUAACACCUUCAAGGCUAAUCUAACAUGGUUCAAUCAAACAUGGUGAACAGUAAUCUCUAGUAGCCAACACCUAGUAAGAUUAAUGAGUACAAACAGUAUAAAGAGAAGAAUAAAUAAGAUAUGACAACCAGCGUCUUAAGCUUGAAUGGAUUUUACAAAGAGUAAAUGGAAGGAUACAAUUUUGAUUAUACUAAAUCUGAUCAUCCCUCCGUGGCUUUAUUUCAUUUUGCAAUCAAAGGGAUUGCCCUGGCUGUUUAUAUGUUCGGAGGACUAUUCAUAAGAGAAGCUUGGACUUUGCCUGAGAUAGUGAUUGUUAUUGGAGCAGUUGAUUUUUGGGUUACAAAGAAUAUCACAGGCAGACUCCUUGUAGGAUUAAGAUGGUGGGAAGAAAUAGAUGAAGCCUCAGGAGAACAACUAUGGGUGUUUGAAACUAGAGUAAAUGAGAGUUAGGUGAGUUAAGUGAAUUCUUUUAUCUUUUGGGCAACAUUGGUACUAGCGAUAUUAGCAUGGGGAUUUUUAGCUGUAGUCAAUGUAAUUGGCUUUCAUAUUCUCAAUCUAACUGGCAUAUCAUUUUAAUUGACUAUUCAAACAAUUAAUUUUUAUUUCUAUUUCUAGUGUUCGAGAGUUGCUAAAACGAGAGCUAAGCAACUGGCAAAGGUAUUGGGAGCAGAGAUUUUGAAUAAGAUGAUGAAUUAAUCUGUGAUUUGGCCAAUGAAAGUACCUAAAUAAAAAGGGUUAUGA